AUGAUUAAACUCAACAAGAAAGUUACAAAGGCAUUGCCAAUCAAUCGGGCAACUCAUGAUGGAGAAUAUGCGGCUCUACAUUGUAUGACUCUCAGUGAAAAGUUGGAUUUCAAGAGAACGCUGAAUCAGGAGAAGAUAACAUUAAGUACGAAGCUCAACGUGCAAAGUGGAUCCAAGCCCAAAACUCAGUUUGGAAAUACCAUCAGCAACUCCCACAUCACAAGAUUGCCACAGGAGGUACUCCUUCGAAUCGCGAGCAACUUAGACUUCCAUAGAAGCCAGAACAUAGUACCAUUAGCGCUGACUUGUCGAAGCUUUUACCUUCUCUUCAGCGACGAUAUCAAGCGUGUAAAUCUCAAGCAGUUGAUAUGCCCUUGUACGAACAACGAUCUCCCACAACAUGAUAUGGAUCAUGGUCACAUGCCCAAGUGCCGACCACGCCCACUUUGGUCUUGCAUAGAGGAUUGGACCGGUCUUGAAGGAUAUCUAUAUGCUUCUGACAGACAUGAUCACUGCUGCCCACGACAAUCAAAACUCAAAGACUGUUAUUAUUGGUCUCCUCGGGAUCGCCUUCAUCUGCCCUGGCCGAUUGAAACUAGAGGGCAAACUACAAUUCGAAUCGAGAAUCAAGAAGAGGCUGCCAGAUCUCUUUGCCAUGCUUUCUCAGUUGGACUUUUCAUCAAGGUUUCCGCGCUGUGCGAUACGAAAACAGAUUUCUUCAUCGGCCGAGCAAAGACAUGUCACUACGCGGUCCCAAGUCUCAAAAGAAUACAAGGCGAUUUAGAUCGACAAGCGAGGCACUGCUGGGGGAAAGAGAUGAUGUUGGAUUAUUCUGAGUGGAGGGGGAUGAUUGGGUUUUAA